GGCUUAUUUGUUUUUUUUUUCCAGACUGGAACAACGGAUUUGACCCAUGCUUUUUUGGUUUUUAGAGUUUCGGUGGAUCGUUUAUUUUUUCGUUGUGUCUCGCUCGAUAUUCGUUCGCCAACAAGAACUUUCUGGGAUUAAUUUUAGGCGUUCAAAAUUGUCUCUAAAGGAUUCUCAGAUCGCAAUGAGUGAACCGGAUUACAUCGACACGGACUACGAAUCGGACGAGUAUUAUGAUGAACAGGGCCGCAAAGUGAAGGAAUUCGAAUCCUUCACCGAAACGGAGCCUGAAGUGGAACAAGGAUACCCUUGCGCCACAAAUGGACAAGCAGAGGAUGUGGAUUUCACCGCCGAUGAUGCCGAAUAUGUCAGCUUCCAGCAAAUGGAAUUGAACAGGGAAGAACCACUGGAACAGACACGGAACAUUGAGACCGGAAGCUCGAAACUGGAAGAGUUCAGCAGGAAGUUGGCGUCCUCUUCGAAGGGGUCUUCCCUGACUCAUCCGGGGUAUACCAAGGAAGAUAUGAGUCCUACGGUUCGGGAUCCCCGUUGCAAAUCCGACACGCUGUUGGCCUGUCUGUGGCCGGUUUACGUGGGCAACUUCCGGUGCGAGAACCGUUCGGACGAGUUCGAUAGCGUCCGGGAGUACUUUGCCUGGAAGGGACUUCACGUGCGCUUGUGGUUCCGAAAUAUCGACGAGUACCACCGGGACUUCCAGUCCAAGGCCGGAAUCUACGACAUGUUGGUGUACUUCGUUUCGGAACGGGACGCCGAUUAUGCGAUCCGGAAGUGUCACCGAGAGAUCUACAAGGGGUAUCCGUUGAAUGUGUUCCCCGGGCGGGAACCGGUCUAUUUCGAUCCCAGUCGAAGUCUGCAGGCCACCAGGAUGAAGAGCGGACGGAUCUACAGUGAACUGUUCUUCGAGAAACACGUCAAAUUCAUCCAAAAGGUUACGGUAACCUGUGCGGUCAAGUUCGACACCAGAUCCGGUGCCAUGGAGUUCGCCAGUACUGCCGAUAAGGCCAAGGCACAAUUUGGUGAACGCUUGUUCAAGUUUAAGCCCGUCCCCCACAGGCUGCGGAAGCAGCGCUUCCUCGAGCAGGACAUCCUUGACCAAAUCGAAGCCUACCUGGCGUACCAUCCGAAUGCCCUCCAAAUGGAUCCCAACGACAAGUACGCCAACAUGUUGCUGCGGAACGAACGUCCGAACGUUGAUCCGAAACCGAAACAGCCAGUUCUUCCCCUGCGGAGAGGACCCACCAAGCAGAUGCAGCAAAAACGACUACAGCAAAAGAUUUCGCGGGAGCGAAGGCGGAUUGCAAAGGCAAUGGCGGAAGGACGUAAGCCGAGGUGCUUCGAUCGGAACAAGCCUGCCAAGCAACGGUUCAAGAAGAUGGUCCAAAAGAUGAAACAGGGCUUUCAGAAUGGAGUGGGGGAGUUUUAACCUUUCCGAAAGAAUUGCUCAUUCACCUUCGGUGGUAAGUUGAAUUUUAUCUCUUUGAUUUUAUAAUUUGUUGAACUCGAAUAAACAUUUCGUUGAAUUAGA